AUGUACGGUUUAGCAAGACAAAUCGGACAGACUGCGUCCAUAUUCUCCAAAGCGGUUUAUGAACCUCUUCCCAAGAAGAGAAAUGGGAAAAGUGCCGCCGAGUACCUUCACCAGCAACUUCUCAAGAAGUAUGAUCCCACGGGGAAGAGAACGGCCCUUGUUAGUGGACCAGAGAGAAUCCGUACUGGUGAUGUUAUCAAAGUGACGUAUCUUGACAGAAGUACAGUCCUUGGUAGAGUUCUUGGCGUCAAGAGGGGUGUGAAUAAUGUUGGAAGUAACAUCUUGAUCAGAAACAAAAUUUCUAAGGUUGGAUGUGAGAUUAGGAUUCCUUUAUUCAACCCCGAAAUAAAGAACAUUGAGAUUGUGCAAAAGCCCGAGAAGUAUUUGCCCAGAAACAAGCAGUACUACAUUAGAAACACCAAGUACGAUGUUGGCGAUUUGGAGAGAGGAAGUUUUUUGUUUCUCAACAAAGAAAAAAUAGGAAAAAAAAGAGAACAAAAAAAAUAA